AUGGUCAGUGUUGAGUCAGUGAUGGGUCAGUGUUGGGUCAGUGUUGAGUUAGUGUUGAUGUUGGGUCAGUGUUGGGUCAGUGUUGAGUCAGUGUUGAGUCCGUGUUGGGUCAGUGUUGGGUCAGUGUUGAGUCAGUGUUGGGUCAGUAAUGGGCCAGUGUUGAGUCCGUGUUGGGUCAGUGUUGGGUCAGUGUUGGUGUUGAGUCAGUGUUGGGUCAGUGUUGAGUUAGUGUUGGGUCAGUGUUGGGUCAGUGUUGGGUCAGAGAUGGUGUUGGGUCAGUGUUGGGUCAGUAAUGGGUCAAUGUUGAGUCAGUGUUGGGUCAGUGUUGGUGUUGAGUCAGUGUUGAGUCAGUGUUGGGUCAGUAAUGGGCCAGUGUUGAGUCCGUGUUGGGUCAGUGUUGGUGUUGAGUCCGUGUUGAGUCAGUGUUGGGUCAGUGUUGAGUUAGUGUUGGGUCAGUGUUGGGUCAGUGUUGGGUCAGUGUUGAGUCAGUGUUGGGUCAGUGUUGGUGAUGGGUCAGUGUUGAGUCAGUGUUGGGUCAGUGUUGAGUCAGUGUUGGGUCAGUGUUGGGUCAGUGAUGGGUCAGUGCUGAGUCAGUGUUGGGUCAGUGAUGGUGUUGGGUCAGUGUUGGGUCAGCGAUGGGUCAGUGUUGAGUCCGUGUUGGGUCAGUGUUGGGUCAGUGUUGAGUCCGUGUUGGGUCAGUGUUGGGUCAGUGUUGAGUCAGUGUUGGUGUUGGGUCAGUGUUGGGUCAGUGUUGAGUCAGUGUUGGGUCAGUGUUGGGUCAGUGUUGGGUCAGUGAUGGGUCAGUGUUGGGUCAGUGUUGGGUCAGUGUUGGUGCUGGGUCAGUGUUGGGUCAGUGAUGGGUCAGUGUUGGGUCAGUGUUGGGUCAGUGUUGGGUCAGUGUUGAGUCAGUGUUGGGUCAGUGUUGAGUCAGUGUUGAGUCAGUGUUGGGUCAGUGCUGGGUCAGUGUUGGGUCAGUGA